AUGACGUCUCCUCCCAAAGGUUUUGACCUAGAUGGAACUACCUCGGUCCUUCGAGAAAGACCCCCCGAAGAUCCGGAAAAAGAAGCCACCAGCAAGAAGCCUGUGUGUUUUCAGAAUCAAUUACCUAAAGUAAAACCAAAUCCCGUCGAUGAGCUAGAUCUACACCCCGCAAUGACCACGGAGAUGAUCAGCGUAUUCCGACAGAAGGGGACCGACUAUCAGUCUUGGAUCAAUUUCCCAGAAGAUACCAACUGCCAAAGACCAUGCAUCGUUUCGCCAUCCACACUACAAAUGCAACAGCUGAUACACCCCUCCGACGACAGGUAUCAAUGGGACGCAUAUUGCAAUGAGUGGGUGUGUGCACCCGAAGAAAUCGGCGAUCCUCGUCCACUCAAUAUGCCCACUGGACUGGAUUACCACAGGCUAUUUAUUCGCAAACUCGGAGUCGAGAAAGAUGGUUCCCUGGGUUGGAACAAAUACCACGGACGUGUGGCACACACCGCUAUCUUCGCUGACAACAAUGUCCGACUCGAUGGUCCUCAAUGGUCGGAAAUCGCUCAGGCUCACUACGAGGUUUUCUUUGAUAUCGAUUCUCUGAAAUAUAUCUUUCGUAUGACGGUCGUCAAUGAGGAGACACAUACUUUUGUGGAUAAAGUGCUUUAUCCGAGAUGUAAGCUUGCGCUUGCUGGAGGUAGUGAAGUGAGGGCAUGGCUGUACGAUACUGAUAAUUAUCGGGAAAUUAUGGGGACGUCGUUGGGGAAAGCUGUUGGUGCCCUUGUUUUGGGGGCUUUUCCUAGGGGUACGCGUCGCAUCACUCAGAUUCUUACUUGGCAGUAUGAUGGAGACUUGCAGAUGAGAUUUGAUAUCUCCCAGCUCCCCAUGGACCAACACUAA